AUGGCGCCCCCUCCCUCGCAGCUUAUGAUGCCCCCCGUCCCUGGCACCGACCCCGGCCUGCUCUACCUCGGCGCGACCAGCAGCCUCUCUCGAGCCUAUGACACGGGUUCCUUCUCCUCCGCCUUCUCUUCUACCGACAGCGACGGCGACAGCACCGCGCCCAUUCUCGGAAACCACCGCGCCGCCCUCGGAUACCAGGCCAUGACACACGGCGGUGAACAGAACGCCGCCGCCGGCAACGAACAGUCCCGGGGCGGCAGCCUCAGGGACCGCGCGUGUCCCAACAUGCGUGGCUGCCGGUCCUUCUUAUGGGAGGCCUACAGCCUCAACGCCGCCGACAAGGCCGUCCUCUUCCGCCGGGUGUGCAUGUACAUCACCCUCGGCACCCGCACCGCCAUGUCCGUCAUUGGCGUCGUCGGCGACAUCGCCCACGACCGGGUCCUCGGCGCCGUCCUGGGUAUCGUCCUCGGCGUCAUCGGGUUUCUCUUCGUCGCUUGGUGCCUCGCCGUCAUCGGCCAGGCCGAGGGUCGCCGCAAGGUUCUCGGAGUCAUGCUGGGACGACUGCACUUUGACCUCUUCCUCCUGGUGGUUGCCCUCGUCCACGCAGCGCUACUUGUGGGAAGCUUCGUCGGCCUCGGCACCUCCGGCGGCCAGGCCACUUGGCUCAUCAUGUGGCUGCUCAUCUUCCUCGUCGCCUGGAUCGGCACCUGGCCCGCCGAGGAGGAGAGCUACCUCUAA